CCUUACUUCCGCUGUCGGACAGCCACUCUCUCAUCAAUCAUCCGCCCCUUCCAUUUCGCCAUUCUUUAUUGCUUCUUCCCUUCCAACCAGAUUCAGGAAAACGUAAAACUGAGUCGUAUAAUUAUGUAGAGAAGAUAGGAGAUAUAGAUAGAUACCUAUACCGAAUAGACUCAUUUUGACUCAGUGGGUCUUUGCAUUUUGAACAGGGGAUAUGAUUUAAGCGAGAGUGGCUUAAACAAACUUAUACUCUGCUCUUCUUCGUUCUCAGAGAUUCAUAAAUCGGAAAGAAUGGCAGAGGAUCAUUUGCCAUUGUUAAGUGACUUGGAGGGAGCAAUUAAACCCUGUGCUUCUGCAACUAAAAAGGGUUCGUCUUCAUCACCUGCUCGCCUUGCCUCUCUUGAUGUUUUCCGGGGCCUCUCUGUUUUUCUAAUGAUGGUAGUGGACUAUGGCGGAUCUGUUUUCCCAAUUAUAGCUCAUUGCCCUUGGAAUGGUUUGCACCUGGCAGACUUUGUAAUGCCUUUCUUUCUUUUCAUCUCUGGCGUUUCCCUCUCAAUUGCUUAUAAGAAUGUUUCGAACAGAUUAGAGGCUUCCAGGAAGGUUGUGUUAAAGGCAUUCAAACUUUUUCUACUGGGUAUUUUUCUUCAAGGUGGCUUCUUGCAUGGAAUUACUUCUUUGACAUAUGGGGUGGACAUUGAAAGAAUAAGAUGGCUAGGAAUCUUACAGAGGAUCGCUGUUGGGUAUGCUAUUGCGGCUUUGUGUGAGAUAUGGCUUCCUUGCAAAAGGAAAACUAAAAGGGGGUUCUUCCUUUACUAUAUCUGGCAUUGGGGCACUGCAUUUCUACUGACUCUCAUAUACUUGGGGUUAUUAUAUGGCUUAUAUGUUCCCGAUUGGGAAUUCAGUGCACCUCAGCUCGGUUCCUUACAUUCUCACAAUGAAACUUAUGUGUACAAGGUUAAUUGUGCCAGAAGAGGGGAUCUUGGACCAGCCUGUAAUUCAGCAGCAAUGAUCGAUCGUUACAUCCUCGGAAUAGAUCAUCUCUAUAUGAAACCUGUAUAUAGAGAUCUGCAGGAAUGCAGAAUAUCCAAUCCACCUUCGUGGUGUAGGGCUCCCUUUGAACCUGAAGGUAUUUUAAGUUCGCUAAUGGCUGCUGUUGCCUGCAUUCUUGGACUCCAGUAUGGGCACAUUCUCUUACACUCCAAGGAGCAUAAAGACCGUUUGUACAACUGGUUGGUCCUAUCAUUUCCACUUCUGGUGACUGGGUUAUUCCUUGCACUAAUAGGUAUACCUCCUUUCAACAAAUCUUUGUACUCCAUAAGUUAUACGAUGGUAACCUCGGCAACUGCUGGAAUUACUUUAUGUGCUCUGUACUUACUGGUUGAUGUUUAUGGUCAAAGGCGGUUGACCUGGUUAUUGGAGUGGAUUGGGAAGCAUUCCCUUACAAUUUUCAUUCUUUUGACUUCCAACAUUGGGGUCAUUGCUGUACAAGGAUUCUAUUGGAGAAGUCCACAAAACAACAUAGUUCAUUGGAUCGUAAACCAAGUCGUGCACAAGGGGUAAAGUGGAGAAGAUGAGAGAUGUUUUGAUUUCAAGACAAGAAGACUCUUGCUGUAUUAUUAUGAAUAGCAUCAUUUCUUCAUCAUUGUGCAUAUGAUUCGAUCCAUAGAAGACAUUCAAUUUGUUAUUAUUUUAGAUUACAAAUGCUGCAGAUUGAAGCCAGCAGGGAAAAGAAAACCAACCAAACAGUUGGAUUUGAGUUUUCUUUAGUUUGUAUUUUUGUCUUGGCAAUCACGUUUUGGUGACUUGGUAUUAGAAAAUGACGUUAUUCCAGUGUAUCCAUUCUUUUAGCCUCUCAAUAUGAGUUCUCUUUUAUAAAUUCUCAAUGUGUUCUAAGUUUUUAGUGGCUUAUAUUUAUU